CCUCUAGCUCCCCCCGCCGCCGCUGCUGCGCGCGCAGAGUUCGCUCAGCCGAGAAGUCCCAGGGUCACAUCUGUGGCCAAGUGAGAGGGCUGGUGGUGGACCGCGGGACGCGGACCGCCGCUGCGGUCAACUGGGUCUCUGGGCCUCUGCCCUGGGGACCAGGCGCCGAGUGGGAGCGGCCACAGCGUGGCCCGUGCCCUCUCCCGAUCCCGGGCUCCUACUUGCAUGCCCUGACUUUGUGCCUCUCUGUUCCAUGCAGGAAAAGUCGUGGAAAUACACCCGUAUCAAAACGCCCCUCGCCCUCGUGACCCUACCCCAGAAGAAGCAGCGGAGUUACCCGACAUCGUGGUCAGCAGAAGCUGAGGUGGUGGCUGGAUGCUGCAGCUGCAGGGACUCAGCGUGGAGGAGGGCUCCUGUGCAGGGGGAGAAGCAGAGAUGCAACAUUUUUAAAGUUUCACAAAGCAUCCAGCUGCACCCAGAUGACCUGAGAUUGUGCUGGGUUAUGUUCUCCAACCACCUGCUGUACCUGUUCUGUGUGAUUUGGAAGCUUGAGAAGAUACAAGUGGCCCAGAGAGGUGGAGCACACAGAGGUGGAGAAAGGAGUUCUCUAAGAGUGACAAGACACCAAGAGUGUGAUGGAUGGAUUCUUUACCCACUGAGCUACCCUCAUGGUUACCUGCUGUCUGCCCUGAGGUCCUGAUCAUCCCUUUGGAGUUUUUAAUAAAAGACUGAAAAAUAAAAUGUAGUGGACUUUAACAGUUUCUCUUGCCUCAAAAUGUAACACAGGGUCCUGAUGUUUGGAUGUUUAAAGGGAUCUCUGAGGUACUGAGAGAGACUUGGCGUAUUUUUCAAACAUCCCUGUUGGUGGUCGUCUGGCCUAGCUCUUGGGGUGAGCUGUAGGCCUGUAAAUGAGUCUUGAGGAAAUGGGAGCUCACUGCGUGUCAGGCAGCCUGUUCCACUGCUGUAAAUAUAAUGAUCACUGGCAGAGCCAAAAUCCAAUGUGUUGUGUUAGUUGAGUACCAUCUAUAUGCUUGGCCUGGUAUCAAGCACCAGGAAUACAAAGACAGAUAGUCCUGCUUUCUGCCAUCAACUGCUUGGUGAGUAAUGUGGAUUACCUGUUCUCCCACUUCCACAUUGCUGCUCCUUCAUUAUGGGUCUGUCCAGUACAUUCAUUUGUUCAUUCAUUCAUUCAACAAGUGUAUAAUGAUGACCUGCUUUGACCAGGCCCAGAGCUAAGCCUGAAGAAGUUAUCACACUUCUUCCACUCCUGCUGCAAACCUUUUCUUUUUGAGGUUCACCAUCCAUAGUUUCUCUAAGUCUUCAUGUAUUGCAAUAUUUCAGAUCUCUGAGGCACUGAUCUUAGAAACUCUUAGUUAGUCCUUGACCGUCUUGAAGUCCUGUAGCACCAAAAUAAUGGGAAUAGCAUACAUUUCUUUUUAAAGUUUUAAGCUGAAUAUUUUAACUCAAAAGUUUUGCAGGCUUUUGUAUGCAAAUGACACUGCAAAGCAUUAUAUUUUCCCCCCAAAGUAGGAGAUUUUAUUAAAUUACACACAUUUGACACAUGGAUGUGGAAAGACUUUCAGUAUAAGAAAAAGAAGGAGUUUAUUCCCUCUAAAUUUGACUAUGGCUGUAAAUUCUCUUUAUUAAUGCAAAGUUCUUUUGUCAUUCUUACUGAGGAACACUGUUACCAAACCUUGUGGGUAAUAUCAAGUUCCAAAAAUAUGGAGGAAACAAGUACUUACUGGGACCAGUGUGAAUGCUUGGUCCGUAUGAAAAUGACCAGGAAAACUAUUAUACGAAGGUUAUUUAAUGAUCUGUGGUAAGUCAAACUCUUUCCAUAAAACAGAUUCAAAGUUUUUACUUUAAGAGACUUCCAUGGGGAAUGAGCAUUGGAUAGUUUAUCAUUUAGGAAGAUACCAUCAAAUUCUUCUUGAAAAGCUCAUCUUUUACUUAAAACAUUUUUAUUAUGCAACAUUUAAGACAUACAAAAGCAUUGAGAUUAACAUGAUAAAAGCCUAUGAAUAUAUUAUCAAGGUUAAGAAAUAUUAUCAAGGCUAAGAAAUAUGUAAUCACUCAUUUAUGUUUAAUUUUUUGGAUUUUUCCACCUAAGAUAUUUGAUUGAGAGAAGGCUACUGAUUUUCCUAAUGUGAAGAGCUAAUUCUUAGAUAUUAUUUGUUUUAUCCACAUUUUUUCCUUUCAGAACUUGGACAUUUUUUACCUCUUUUCCUUGUAAUAGACUGACAAUUGCAUAUUGCAAACCCAAAUAUCUUAUUUAUCAGAAAUUAUGAAUAAAGGACA